AUGGAGGUGAGCAGCACUACAAUGGAGUGGACCGACAACGACGGCGACGUCGUGGACACGUCGUCGCCGAAUGAGCCGCAGGCGGAGGCAACAGUUAUUUCCGGCGCGGCUCUGCUCAGCGGCACGCUCAACGUGGAGCACAUGGCACGCGCAGAAACCCUCCACAUGCAGGGCUGCAACUACGAUGACUCGGUGGCGGAGUACGUUGUGAAGGAAGUUCUGCCGCGGGCCCACGCACUGCGCACAGUAGAGGUCGCUGAUACGCGCUUCAGCCCGCUUGGCCUUCUGAGUGUGCUGCGUGNUGCCGCGGGCCCACGCACUGCGCACAGUAGAGGUCGCUGA